GAGUACGGGUGUAGAAAAAGACUUUUGUUUUCGAUUUUUUGGUAAAUUAUGAAGUUGUAAUAGAUUCUAUUUCGGCGUAAUAACGUAAUAAACAUAUUAUCUAAUAGUGGAUAGUAGAAAUGGAAACUGCACAUGCGCGAAAGUUCUGUGACAAAUGUUAGAUUAGGAACUAUUUUUCCUCUAUUUUGGGUUUGGGCACAAUUAAAAAUUCCUAAAUAACAACACUGGUUAGAAUGCUUCUUCGACUCCUUAUAUGCAAAACAUCAAAAUAAUAAAUAGCAAAUCUGAAUUUUCUUUUUGUUUACAAUGGAGGUGGAACCCCCUAUAAAGCGAUACCGAAAAGAGGAAGAGAACAGUGAUUCAGACGAUGAAAACUACGUUCCAUACGUGUCUGUAAAAGAAAGAAAAAGGCAACAAUUGCUCAAACUAGGCAGACUCGGGCAGCUGAAAGAAGCUGAACUAGUAAAACCGAAAUCAUCCAGUGAAAACGAAACCAACGAAGAUGACGAGGAAGACGAAAUGUGGGGACGAAAAAACAAUAUCCCUCUUCUGGACCAACACACCGAACUGAGAAAGUUAGCUGAGGCAAAAAAAGUAAGCGCGGUAGAAAGGCAACUCAAGAAGGAGGAGGAAAUCCUGGAAAUAGUUGCUGAAAAAAAAGCUCUAAUGGGGGUUUCUGAACUCGCGAAGGGCAUUCAAUAUAGUGAACCCAUCAAGACCAGCUGGCAUCCCCCGCGAUAUAUUCUCCAAAUGCCUCUGAGCAGACAUGAAAAGCUAAGAAGCGAGUUACGGAUCCUCGUAGAAGGGGAAGACAUCCCUCCUCCGAUAAAAACAUUCAAGGGGAUGAAACUGCACGAAGGGUUGAUUGCCGGUUUGAAGGAAAAACAAAUAAAAAACCCUACGCCUAUACAGAUUCAAGGAAUUCCCACAGUGCUAUCGGGACGUGACAUGAUAGGCAUUGCCUUUACUGGAUCAGGGAAGACGCUAGUGUUCGUCUUGCCCCUAAUAAUGUUCUGCCUAGAACAAGAGAUAAAAAUGCCUUUCAUAAGAAAUGAAGGCCCUUACGGACUCAUAAUUUGCCCUUCGAGAGAGUUAGCCAAGCAGACUUUCGAUAUCAUACAGCACUUUUGCUUGAGCUUGCGUAAACACGGCAUGUCAGAGAUUAGGAGUUGUCUCGCGAUUGGAGGGGUACCCGUAACGGAGUCCCUUGAAAUAAUCCAAAAGGGUAUUCACAUCAUGGUAGCCACUCCCGGUAGGUUGAUGGAUAUGCUGGAGAAAAAGAUUGUGAAAUUAACUGUCUGCAGAUAUUUGUGUAUGGAUGAAGCGGACCGAAUGAUUGAUUUGGGUUUUGAGGAGGACGUUAGGACUAUUUUUUCAUACUUCAAUGGCCAGAGACAAACUCUACUGUUCUCUGCGACUAUGCCUAAAAAAAUUCAAAAUUUUGCUAGGUCAGCAUUGGUGAAGCCAAUAACUAUCAACGUUGGGAGAGCCGGAGCUGCUUCUAUGAAUGUCAUCCAGGAGGUGGAGUAUGUUAAGCAGGAAGCCAAAAUAGUGUACUUACUGGAAUGUCUACAAAAAACUCCCCCACCUGUCCUGAUUUUUGCUGAGAAAAAGCAGGAUGUCGAUGCUAUACAUGAAUACCUGCUCCUCAAAGGUGUGGAAGCCGUAGCUAUCCACGGGGGAAAGGACCAGGAGGAGCGGUCACGAUCCGUAGAAGCAUUCCGAAGGCAAGAAAAGGAUGUCCUCGUUGCAACAGAUGUGGCCUCCAAAGGAUUGGAUUUUCCUGAUAUCCAGCAUGUAAUUAAUUAUGAUAUGCCUGACGAUGUGGAAAAUUAUGUCCAUCGAAUAGGUCGUACUGGUAGGUCUGGCAAUAAAGGAUUGGCAACGACCUUUAUAAACAAAUCGAAUGAUGAAUCUGUUCUACUGGAUCUGAAGCACCUGCUGAUGGAAGCCAAGCAGAAAGUGCCCGCAUUUCUUGGAGAGCUUUGUUCGGAAAGCGAAAAGUAUCUUGCGCUGGGAGGGGAACAUGGUUGUAGUUAUUGUGGUGGAUUGGGACACAGGAUUACGGAUUGUCCUAAGUUGGAGGCGCUGCAGAAUAAACAGGCAUCAAAUAUUGGUAGAAGAGAUUAUUUGGCCAACACUGCGGCUGAUUAUUAGUUUUUUAUUUAAUAAUGUAUUUAUUUCAAUAAAAUUGUACAUAGUAAACGCUUUA